CCAAAAGAUAAAGUUGUAUUGAAAAAGAGUGGAUAGGGUAAAUAUUAGGAAUGAUAAGGGUUACAUAGGUGUGUUCUUUGAUGCAGAGAUCUAAAGAUUUAGAAGUUCAAUUCAUCGAUUGUUUACUUAUAUUUUUCUCUUUGAUAUAUUUUCGUUUAUUCCAUUAGAAGAUUAUUCAUGGUUUUGUUUCUAGGAUGUGAUUUGUAGCAUUUAGAUAUUUUUUUUUUGCAUCAUGUAGAAGUGGUUUUGGUGAUUGGUGGUUGUUUGGUUUUCCCCCAAAAUCUGGAUUUGUAUUCUGACAAGGGAUAAGGUUUGUGAUUGUAAAUCUGAUGUCAUUGAUUCUGUAGAUUUCUUCUUUUGUUUUCUUUUUAUUUUUAAAUUCAAAUUUUUUUGUUUAUUUCAUUAGAAGAUUAUUCAUGGUUUUGUUUUUAGGAUGUGGUUUGUAGCAUUCAGAUAUUUGUGAUGUAUGACGUAGAAGUGGUUUUGGUAAUUGGUGGUUGUUUGGUUUUCUCCCAAAAUCUGGAUUUGGAUUCUGACAAGUGAUAAGGUUUGUGAUUGUAGAUCUGAUGUCAUUGAUUCUGUAGAUUUCUUCUGUUGUUUUCUUUUUAUUUUUAAAUUCGCAUUUUUUUUAUUAUACAUCAUGUAAAUGCUUUAUGCUUUUCGUUUCAUCUUUAUUUGCAUGUGUCUACUCUAUAGAAUGAAGGCUUACUUGAUUUGAUGUUUGAUAGAGAUCUUUUAUGGAGAUGUGAGAUGUGUGAAUGUGGAGUAGUUGGUGGUUGUCAGUAUAAACUUCCGUGGUAUUAAAAAUGGUAGUUUCCUUAUCAUAUCAUUUCUUUUCCUAAGAAAACCCUAAAUUAGUGUAUGAGAAACCUCAGUUCUUUCUGGAUUUGCAAGGUGAACAAUCUUUAUUUCCCUCCAUUUUGCUAAAAAAAUUGAAUUCAAAUUUGAAGCUAUUCAUAUGACGUUUUCUAUAAAAGAGGGUUGAAGUGAUAAGAGUAGUGCAGAUCAUUGGCUUUGUUCAUCUUUCAUGUAUCUUCAUAUUGUUGUUGUUUUCUUUUCUACAAGUGUUUUAGUGCGUUCAAAUGAGUCCAUCUUUUGAUGCUAUUAGCAAGAUUGUUCCUGCAAGAGAGGCUUGGAGGCUUAAGGUGAGGUUAAUUAGAGCUUAGAUUGUUCCAAGCUUUGGAAAUCCAAAUUCUCCAAAUUCAAUGGAGCUCAUUUUGGUGGAUGAAAAUUCAAACAAAAUUCAGGCCACUAUAAGGAGGCAACUUAUCAACAAGUUUAAAGAUAAUAUUCUUGAAGGAAAUUGCUACAAGAUGUGUUAUUUCUCUGUUGUUCCAAAUCAUGGCUCUUAUAGAGCUACAAAACAUGAGUUUAAGCUUAUAUUUCUCUUCCGAACAACAGUAACAACUAUACCAGAUGAUAUCAUACCUAGAGUCUGUUUUACUCUAUAUCCUUUUGAGGAGAUAUUGCAAAUGAGCCAAGAUCAUGAUUAUUUAGUUGAUAUUAUUGGGUUGCUGACUUUAGUUGGGGAGGAAAAGACUUAUGAUAAAGGUGGAAAAACAAUCAAAAUAGUUGUUGUGGAGCUUUCUUCCCAGAAGAUGGUGCUUAGCUGCGCCCUAUUUGGAGAAUAUGUGGAUCAAUUAAAUCCUUUUCUUUCUUCUGGUUAUGUUGAACAACCAGUAGUGAUUCUUCAACUUGCCAAAGUUAAGCUUUUUCGAGGUUAACCUAGGUUGUAAAAUGUCAUGAAAGCAACAAAAAUAUAUUUUAAUCCUGACUUGGCAAAGGUUGUUGAUUUCAGGAAGAGCAUGGUAAAGCAAGGGAUAAAUGGGACUCAGCCGUUGUUCAUUGCUAAUGAAGGAAAAACUAUCUCAUUGGAGGAUGACUUCAUGAGGUUGACUAAGAAAUCUACAAUAGAUGAGUUGCAAGAAAACAAAGAGGAUGGGACCUUUGUCAUUCUAAGUACUAUUACUGAUGUCGUAGAAGAGGGGUGUUAGUGGUAUUCUACCUGUGUUUGUGGGAAGGAAGUACAUCCUAAGUCUGGUGUUUACUUUUGUGAUAUGUGCAUGCAUCAUUUGACAAAUGUGAUCCCAAGGUAUAGGCUCAAGGUAGUUGUAUUAGAUGAAACUGGACAGGGUAUAUUUGUCCUCUUUGAUCGUGAAACAACCUAUUUGGUUAAAAAAACAUGUGCUGACCUAUUUAAUGAUGUCCUCUGUGGGGAUGAAUACCCUAUCAUUUUUAGAAAUUUAGAGGGCAAAAAAGUCUUGCUAAAAGUGGAUACUAAGUCUCUUGGUGUUGAUAGAUAUUUUGGAACUUUUCGUGUGAAGAGGAUUUGUGAUGAUGCUGCAAUUCUUUCAAUGUUUGAGCUUGCUCAGACUGAAAUAACACCUUUGAAGGAUGCACCUAUUCCUGUAUUUGGCCCUGAGCUGGGUGAAACUUCUAAUACAAAAUGUGUAGAGAAUACUGUUAUGUCAUCUUUUCUUCAGAAAGGAGCAAAUGUUGCUAGACUUGAUGAUAUACACUUAGAUAUGGAUGGUGUUAAGGAGGUUGAUAUUCAGGACCAUUCUAUUGAUAGUGAUGAGAAUGUGGUGUUGUCGGAUGAUAUUGCCUCACUUAUUCGGUCUGAUGUUGAGGAGACUCAGGAUUUGCUCUCACACCUUUUAGAUGACUCAAGGAAAGUUAAUGUGUCUAAUGUUGUUCAGAAAGAUGUAGUAUGUUUAAAAGUGAAGAGAAAUCAUGAGGCUGACUUUGAGAAGGAUCUUGAGGAUACUGUUGCUCAUUGCUCUAAGAUAAUCAAGAUUGAAUAUAUUUAAGAUGGGUGUUUAUGGAUGAAAAGCUAGUUGCUGUCUUAGGUCUAUGAAGUUAGAUUCACGUAAUAUGUUUUAUCUUUGUUAUGGUGGAUUACAUGUGAGGUUUAUUAAUCUUCCUCUUUUUUGAGGUGUGUCCAGCUGCUAGGAGAGCCAUCUUUGUUCCUCUUUCUUUUUUGGAAGAGCUUUUGCGUUUU